AACCUUUUCACUGCUCCAUGCUCCAGGGAAGGCACACAGCCGCCGCUGGUCAUCUUCCCGCAGUUCCAUCUUCCGCUCACUCCCUUCAUCGCGCUCGGCACACAGGCGACGGCGGCGGAGCUCAUGCUAGGGCUCUCAGCGAAGGCAUCAGCUGCUUCCCCUCCCGCCUCUCGCCAAUCGCCUCCCGUCCUCCGCACACCGGCCGGUGAUCCUGCGUCUUUUCAUUCGUAAAUCAUACUCCAGGUAUCUGCAUCGCAGGGGAAAUGGCAAGCAAAGCAGGUGGUGAUGGCAAAGAAGCCAUAAACGAGCAAGUAGUUGCCAACACUUAUGCCAACAUGCGUACCGAAAUGAACCAGCUCUAUACCAAGAUCACAGAGCUGGAGAUGGAGGUCAGUGAGCACUCCCUCGUGAUUGGUGCGAUCGAGCCGCUGGACCCCUCAAGGCGCUGUUACAGGAUGAUUGGUGGGGUCCUGGUUGAAAGGACCAUCAAGGAAGUCCUGCCUGCUGUGAAGCGCAACAAGGAGGGCCUUGAAGAAGUGAUUGCUCGCAUGCAUGAGGCACUGGAGAGGAAGAAGAAAGAGAUCACCGAGUUUGAGCUUAAGUACAAGAUCAGGAUCCGGAAGGCUGACAAUGACGCAGAGGACGAAGGCGGCAAGAAGGAAGGCACUGCACAGGGAGUCCUUGUUGGGCCUGCUGGACAGUAAAACUUAAUUAGAUGGAUUUUGUGUAAAAGAUGAGGACCGAUGUGAACUGAAGUAGUUUCUUUGUUACCUCUUCGGGUGCUGCAGCAAUCCAAGUUUCUGUUUGUUAUUGAUGACACAUCGCAAAUCUCCCAGGACUAGAAUCUCUGUUCGUGAUUCCUUUUACUAUAUUCUCAAAAUAAUUGUGGAUUAGUCAUCUGCAUGACUUCAUUUCAACUGAUGCUGAAAUAUUGUGGUGCUUGGUGGCUGGUAAAUUCCUGUAAUUGAGCUGUUUCAAUGGCAUACCAGCUUGUUGUUCC